AUGUCGUCCACCGAGACUACCACCAUCGUCACGCCGUUGAGCCCAUCGGCGACGGAGACGCCAGUUCCAGAAAAUGAUUCGAAAGCAACACUUCUUGAGAUGGAGGACGUGGCGCAUAGCAUGGUGCCAGAACAGGAUUCCGAAGCAUUGCUCCUCGGGAUGGAAGACAUGGUGCAAGGCAUGGUGCCAGAUGAGGAUUCUCAAGCGAUGCACUUUGACAUGGAGGACACGGUGCGGCACAUUGUACCAGAACGGGAUUUUCGUGCAAUGCUCCUUCAGAUGGAGGACAUGAUGCAAGACAUGAGUAACACGCUAGUGGAAGCGGCGACAAUGCAGGAGACAAAGCUUCAUGGAACUUCUCGCCUUGCGCCGUCUGUGGGCGUCAGUGCGGUAGACAUUGUUGAGCUUGGUCUGGGCUGGAGCAGGGAUAUCGAAAGAAUGGUAAUUACUAAGAAGGGUACUCGAGCAGUCCUGAAGGAUCCUGAGGAAUUUCUCAUAACCUCGGUCCUCAGCAACCCAAAGGCGCAAGAAAAGCUCAAGCUUUGGCUAUCCGCAGCUCGUAGCGAUUACGUGAUGAAAGCCAAGUUUGCGCGUCGCCCAAAAAGCGCAGAAGUUUCGACUGGCGUCUCAUCGUCCGUUAUAGGUGCGUUAUCCAGCGUACCGCUUGGUGGCUCUCUGAGUCUCAGAAAAGGCAGGUCAUGGGAGGUAUCCAUGGAGGUAGCGGAGCAACAUGUUUGGGCUGCUCAGUACCGCUUGCUAGAUGCUCAUUUCAUCAAAGCGGGCAGAGAUGGGGUGGAUGGUGUCAAGCUGCCACUUUCAAUGGGAUUGUAUCGUGAUGUCCUGUCAGUGAACACUAUUAGAGGUGCAGGAACGGACGAAGUGGGAUUGGAAUUGAAGGAGGAUAAGGCCCACGACGAAUCGGCCCAGAAUGUGGAAGGUCAGGAUAGUGAGGAGCUGAAGGCGUAUGAGAAGCGAUUAGAGGAGGCCAUUUCUGUUUUUGAGACGGCUCCAUCGCAUUUUUUGAAGUGA